GUCAAUCUUCUUCUCUUUGAAAAAAAAGGAGAGUAAAACCCUAAGCUUGGUCUCAUGGCUUCCACCGCGAUCCAGCGACAGCUUGUGGACGCUGGAAAUAGGCUCGCUAACCCUCCUUCUUCGGUCGAUGAACUUCUUCCCCUGCUCGGUCAAGUGGAGAGUUAUCUGGCCAAGUUGGAGCAGUCACCAACAGAUUCAACGCAAAGGGCACUGGCUACAGCACAAAAUGCACUGGUCACAGACCAGCUCCUGAGGCAUCCAGAUGCGGAUGUCAGAGUUGCAGUGGCUGCGUGCAUCAGUGAAAUUCUGAGGAUAACUGCACCAAACGUUCCCUAUGACGACGAGCAGAUGGUAGGCGUGCUGGAGCUGAUAGUGUCUUCGUUCGAUAACCUGGACGACACAACGAAUCGAGCGUACUCCAAAACGGUUGUCAUGCUCGAGAGCAUGGCCAGAGUCAGGGCAUGUGUGCUGAUGCUGGACUUGCAAUGCGAUGCACUGAUUACAGACAUGUUCCACAAGUUCUUCAACACUGUCAGGGACUACCAUCCAGAGAAUGUCGUUUCUGCCAUGGAGACCAUUAUGACGCUUGUCAUCCAAGAAAGUGAGGACAAUGUGCCUCUGGAGACCAUUACGACCCUUUUGGCUAGUGUCGAUGAGGGGAAUGAGGCAAGAUAA